GCAGUUGGCAGAAGUCACAAAGACAGGGUUCAGGGCUGCUAAGCCCCCAUCUGAGCAGACCUGUCUGCCACCCAAGAAAUGGCAGCUGAUCUGCUUAUCACCACUCCUUGAUCCGUGGCUGACCAGCACUGUCCACGGUGUCCAUUGCCUCCCCCCAGCCCUCACCCCCAUGGCUAGCUGUGGAGACUCCUAGCCUGGGAUCUUUGCCUCAUGUCCUUGGGCUUCUGCCCUGCUAGCCAGUUCCUAUCCUCACCCCCUCAUCACCUGCCCCGGGUUCUCGGCCCUACAGCAGAGCACAGAGGUAUCAGAUUGCAUUUCCGGCUGCCUUUUUCCUCAGCUCCUCCACCCCCACUCUGCACCUGUCCCCUCUGCCACUCACCCACAUUCCCCAGCCCAGUGGACAGGAGGAGCAGAUGCAGGACCUAGUUGGUGAGACAGGAUGGAGGGGCCUGUGUUAACGCUGGGACUGCUGGCCACCCUGGUUGUGUGUGGCUGCUGGGGUCUAAAUGAGGAGGAGCGGCUGAUCCGGUACCUGUUUAAGGAGAAGGGCUACAACAAGGAGCUCCGGCCCGUGGCUCGCAAAGAGGACAGCGUGGACGUCUCACUGGCCCUCACCCUCUCCAACCUCAUUUCCCUGAAAGAAGUCGAGGAGACUCUCACCACUAACGUGUGGAUUGAGCACGGCUGGAUGGACAGCCGGCUGCAGUGGGAUGCCAAGGAUUUUGGGAACAUCAGCGUCCUGCGCCUGCCCCCUGACAUGCUGUGGCUCCCAGAGAUUGUGCUGGAGAACAACAAUGAUGGCUCCUUCAAGAUUUCCUACUCCUGCAACGUGCUGAUCUAUCCGUCAGGCUCUGUGUACUGGCUGCCACCUGCCAUCUUCCGCUCUUCCUGUCCCAUCUCCGUCACUUACUUCCCCUUUGACUGGCAGAACUGCUCCCUCAAGUUCAGUUCGCUCAAGUACACGGCCAAGGAGAUCACCCUGAGCCUGAAGCAGGAGGAAGAAGAUGGCCGCUCAUACCCGGUGGAGUGGAUCAUCAUCGACCCUGAGGGCUUCACAGAGAACGGGGAGUGGGAGAUAGUGCACCGGCCAGCCAGGAUCAACAUGGACCCCAGUGCCCCGCUGGACAGUCCCAACCACCAGGACAUUACCUUCUACCUCAUCAUUCGCCGAAAGCCACUCUUCUACAUCAUCAACAUCCUGGUGCCCUGCGUGCUCAUCUCCUUCAUGAUCAACCUGGUCUUCUACCUGCCAGCCGACUGUGGUGAGAAGACGUCAAUGGCAAUCUCAGUGUUGCUGGCACAGUCUGUCUUCCUGCUGCUCAUCUCCAAGCGGCUGCCGGCCACAUCCAUAGCCAUCCCCCUCAUCGGCAAGUUCCUGCUCUUUGGCAUGAUACUGGUGGCCAUGGUCGUGGUGAUCUGUGUCAUCGUGCUCAACAUCCACUUCCGCACACCCAGCACCCACGUGCUGUCCGAGGGGGUCAAGAAGCUUUUCCUAGAGACCCUGCCCAAGCUCCUACACAUGUCCCUCCCAGAGGAGGACAGCCCUGGCCCUGGGGCCCUGGUCCGGAGGAGCAGCUCCCUGGGUUACAUCUCCAAGGCCGAGGAGUACUUCUCGCUCAAGUCCCGAAGUGACCUCAUGUUCGAGAAGCAGUCAGAGCGGCACGGGCUGGCCCGGCGCCUCACCACAGCACGCCAGCCCCCUGCAGGCUCUGAGAAGGCCCAGCAUGACCUCUUCAGUGAGCUGAAGCCAGCUGUGGAGGGGGCCAACUUCAUCGUCAACCAUAUGAGGGAUCAGAACAACUACAAUGAGGAGAAGGACUGCUGGAACCGGAUAGCCCGCACAGUAGACCGACUCUGCCUGUUUGUGGUGACGCCCAUCAUGGUGGUGGGCACGGCCUGGAUCUUCCUGCAGGGGGCCUACAACCAGCCCCCACCCCAGCCUUUCCCCGGGGACCCCUUCUCCUACCUGGAGCAAGACAAGCGUUUCAUCUAAAGGGCUUCCCUGCCUGGGUUGGCCCAGCUCCCCGGGCAGCUUCGGUGGGGCUUUGUGCCUGAAAGGGAUGGGCCUUCAGGGGUGGCAGUAGCUCUGUGGACAGGGGUGCCUGAGAAAGGACAAGCUCCUCUUAGGGAGGCGACUCCUGGCCCUGAGACUUGAGCCCAGUUGGUUCUGCACGGCUGAAGUGGAGAUGAGCUGUGCCUCCUGAGACAAGGAAAGGCGAAGCCCCACUCCUCAAUAAAGACAGGAGCCACCAAGGUCUGAGAGUAGACACUGGCUGGUGGGUGGGUCAGGACGACUUUUGGGGAGAUAGGGGCCUGACUCAAGGGCCAGGGAAAAUGUCAUUCAGGCUGGCCUUUUGGGACCCUUCUGUGAGAAAGACAGUGGCCUCUUCUUGCCUCCCCUUCCUCUAGGUGGGGGUAGAGCAGGUGGGCUCCUGUGCCCUCACUUCCUGGUUCCUACAGCUGUCAACCCCUCAGCCUUGGCUUCUGAGGCCCCCCCAGAGCCUCCUUUUCCAGACCCCUUAGGGAAGGAGGUUUUGGGCAGAGGUGGAAGCACCAAUGUUUCAGAAUGUCCUUCCCAGCUCUUUCUGCUUUGGCCACUCUGUCUGGGUCCCUGUGGGGAGCUGAGGACUCGGGUAGGGGAAUUGGGCCCAGCAGCUAUAGAGGCCAGAGGACAGCCCAUCAACCUCAGCUCACAUGGGCUACCCUAGGGCCCCAGAUCUCAGCCCUCCCCCAGAGUAUCCCCUUAUGGUCACCUAUUCCUCUCCUCCAAAGUAGGGUUGCCUGGCAAAACUAAAAAAUUAUUCAUAUUUAUCUGAAAUUCAAAUUUAACUGUGCAUUUUAUAUAUUUACU